AUGUCGCUGCAACUUCCGCUCCGCGAAAGGUCCAACGGCAUCCCCGGUGUGACCAAGGCCGUUAUCCUGGUCGGCGGCGCCUCCCGUGGCACUCGUUUCCGUCCGCUCUCCCUCGAUGUCCCGAAGCCCCUCUUCGACAUCGCCGGGCAUCCCAUCAUCUGGCACUGCUUGGCUGCCAUCAGCAAGGUUCCCUCGAUCCACGAGGUCUACCUGAUCGGCUACUACGAAGAAUCCGUCUUCCGCGACUUCAUUAAGGACGCGUCGCUGGAGUUCCCCAACCUUUCCAUCAAGUACCUGCGCGAGUACCAGGCGCUGGGUACCGCCGGUGGCCUGUACCACUUCCGCGACACCAUCUUGCGCCACCAUCCCGAGCACAUCUUCGUCCUCAACUCCGACGUCUGCUGCAGCUUCCCGCUGAACGAGAUGCUGCGCCUGGCGGAAGAGAAGGACGCCGAAGCCGUCAUCUUGGGCACGCGCGUGCCAGAGGAGGCGGCUUGCAACUUUGGCUGCAUCGUCUCCGACUCGCACACCCGCCGCGUGCUGCACUACGUCGAGAAGCCUGAGAGCUACAUCUCCAACCUCAUCAACUGCGGCGUCUACCUCUUCUCUGCCGACGCCCUGUUCCCGUCCAUUCGCAGCGCCAUCAAGCGCCGUGUCGACCGGCCGCGCCUGGCGUCGUACCGCUCGUCCGAGAACCUGGCUGCGUCAUUUCACCUCGAGGACGACGAUUCGACCGAAAAGCCUGAGGUGAUCCGCCUGGAGCAGGACAUCCUCAGCGACAUGGCGGACAACAAGCAGUUCUUCGUGUACGAGACCAAGGACUUUUGGCGGCAAAUUAAAACGGCUGGUUCUGCAAUCCCUGCCAACGCGCUUUAUCUCCAAAAAGCCUGGCAGAACGGCUCGCAGGAGCUGGCGCAGCCCUCAGCGAACAUCAUCCCUCCUGUCUACAUCCAUCCGACGGCACAGGUGCACCCGACGGCCAAGCUGGGCCCGAACGUGUCUGUUGGUCCCCGCGCAGUCAUCGGCGCUGGCGCGCGUGUGAAAGAGUCGAUCGUGCUGGAGGACGCGGAGAUCAAGCACGACGCGUGUGUGCUGUACUCCAUCAUCGGAUGGAGCUCGCGGGUGGGCGCCUGGGCUCGCGUCGAGGGCACGCCGACGCCGGUCACCAGCCACAAUACCACCAUCAUCAAAAAUGGCGUUAAGGUGCAGGCCAUCACGAUCCUGGGCAAGGAGUGCGUUGUGGGAGACGAGGUGCGCGUGCAGAAUUGCGUGUGCCUACCGUUUAAGGAGCUUAAGAGGGAUGUUGCCAACGAGGUGAUUAUGUAA